GCGGACCCAGAGCCCGCGCUCCGGGGGAUGCGGCUUCUGCCGGUUGGGUCCUCGCGGACUGCCCUGCAGUCGCCUAGGACGCACCACGUGUCCGUCUGCCGGGUAGCACCGAGGAGACAGACGCGGUCCGGCCAAGGUCGAGGGAGAGGUCCUGCCCAGCCCUCCGCCUCCCCGCGGAGCACCGGCGUCCCAGGCCUAGUCGCGCCCUUCCCCGAGGCCAGUGGGGCGCCCGGGACGCAGACGCGGCCAAAGAGGAGUGAAGCGACCGCGGCGCCAAGGGCAGGGACCGGUGACCGUCCUCAGGACACCCCCUGCAGCUCCUGUGGCACCAGAGUGAAACCCAGCAGAGAGACUGGGGGCGGCGAGGGAGAAGGGCCCACGGAGCCGGAGGGACCCUCUCUGACCAGCCCCUCCCACCCUGUCUGGCUUGUUGCCAGCCCUACAUUCCUACGCAGCGGGGCCACCGGGUUGCAGCAGACAGGGCACUGGCCAAGUCCACGCUGUCCUGGGAGUGGCCAUGGGGACCUCCAGCUCCCUCAGAGGAUUCCGGCCAGGCCCCCACCAUCUGUCCAGAGGCACUACCCAGCCAUGCCUCCCUCCUCCGCCCUACCUGGUGGCUGCAAGCGGACCUCCAGCUUUGGUUCAGUGGACUGGCUCUCCCAGAGCAGCCACACAGGGCUGGCGCACACCUCCAGGCCUGCCGAAGUCUCCUGGGGGAGCCUGUCUGCCUCAGCCCAGGUGUACUACAGGGGGGAGCCCCACCAGACUGUGGACAUGGAGGAGGCGAAGCUCUCAGAAGUGUCUGCACCGGGGACGCCUGCAGCUGGGCCGAGCAAGGAGGCAGACGGCACGCGGGCUCCCCGCAUGCGCACGGCCUUCACGGCGGAGCAGGUCAGCGCCCUGGAGAGCUCCUUCCAGCACCGCCGCUACCUGGGGCCCCUGGAGCGCCGGCGGCUGGCCCAGGAGAUGCAGCUCUCCGAAGUGCAGGUAAAGACCUGGUUUCAGAACCGCCGAAUGAAGCACAAGCGCCAGCUGCAGGACUCCCAGCUGAGUCCGCCCUUCUCCGCACCCCUCCACCCGCCCCCCGCCCUGCGCAGCCGCCUGCAGCUGCUUUGCCCUUGGGCCUCCCUGCCUGGGCCCCCAGCUCUGGUCCAGCCUCUGGGCUCUUUCUGGGGUCCCCUCGGAGUGAAACCAGCCUCCCUGGCUUCAGCGUGGGCCUCAUGCAGCAGGCAGCCUCCGGUGUGCUGCCUCCGGUGUGCUGCCUCCCGGACACUGGGGGCUGGGUGCACACACUGAGCCCAGCUUUGUCCAGGGGAGCCUGGGGCCUGUGCGCCCCACCGGCGACUGGGGAUGCCUUUUGAGGAAGGGAGGCAGCUGACGCCCAGGGCUGCGGUGUAUCAGACGUGCUGGGUAUGCGCAGCGGUACCUGGCAUCUGCCUGGAGAGACAGCCCGGUCUGUAUUUACACCACUGUGAUGUCCUGGCGUGGGCCCCAGCGGUGGGGCCUGGAACUGGCCCCACCUAAGACUGGGGAUUUAUAGCUGAAGACAUUUUGAAGCCUAUUCCCCUCUGAAAAGUGCUGAAGGGUUGGCGUGGAAAGUGGUGGGUCAGCGAACAGUCGGAAGCCAAGCGCGCUGUGCUGCGUUGGGCUCCCACACAACAAAGGGUAACUUACUCAGCUUAAGGGGCUGGAAAACUGGCUUUCCAGUUGGAAAAAAUAAAGGUGGAGUCUGUC